AUGCGACGCCUGCAGUGGUCGUGGCUGCCACUGAGCACGUCGCUUUUAUCGCCAUUAACGCCAGCGUCCGCCUCUGACGCUACCGCCGCCGCCUCUUCCUCUGUGUCUUGGUGCACGAACCCAACUGCUAGCGCCGUGCUCACGUCGUGUGGAGACAGCUGCGAUGCUGGCGACCCGUGCGUCCAGUUCCGCGAGUCGUCCAGUUGUAGCGAAGCGUCGCGCAACGACUGCGAGCGCCACAGUCCCACGUGCACGUACCAGUGUCUGGACGCGUACAACUCCGUGGCUCGGAAGUUUACUGUCUUUAUCAAAGAGCCUGCCCCGUCGGACACGUGGACGACUAGUGCCAGUGGCAGUGAUGCCGCUGCUUUUCCCAGUGCCGCGUUCGACACGGUCGCUGGCGUUGUAUACACUGAAACGACGCGGAACAUUCAGAUCACAGGGUUUGAUGACACGAACGUGCAGAAAGGCGCGCUGAAGGCUGUGACAUUUGACGCGAAUGCGUUUGCGACGGCCACGGUGUUGGAACAAUUGAUCUUGACCAAUCUGGAUCUCCAAGUACUUCCGACCGGCUUUUUGCCGACUACGGUGUCUUUAUUAACGAUUGAGAAUUGCAACUUGGCCAGCUUACCGCCCCAAUUGGGGAACCUGGCAAACAAGAACUUGGUGACGCUCAAUCUCAACAAGAACACAAUGACCAGUGUGACGGCUUCGGACAGCUCAGUUACAAAGGCUUUGCAGGGGUUAACUACACUAAACUUGACAGACAACUCUAUCGCUACAUUCGACGUGGCACUUCCUUCGAUCACUACAUUAGACUUGUCGCACAACAAACUGACCGAAUUUCCAGCCGCCGUCUUUAAUAUGACCAAUCUCAACAUUCUAAAUACGGCUGGCAACAGCAUUGGUUCUUUGGCUGUGACGACUACACAAUACAAUUUUCUGCGGAGACUUUCUUCCGAUAGCACGUUAGGCAUCACCACUAGCGCUUGCAUUCGUGGCACCGCAUCCGAUGUUCUGGACUCGGUGGUCUGUGUAUCUGAUGAUCCUGCAGCUACUUUAGAUGGAUCAGACUCUUCUUCCGGCAGGAGCACCCUAGUCAUUGCCGUUGUCGUGCUAGGUGUGGUAGUUGUGCUUGGUGCUGCAGGAUUCUUCUUCUAUCGCCACCGGAUGAAAAGCCGUGGCUGUUACGUAGCAAAUUCGCCAAACAUGGUUGGAAUGGCAACUCCUUUAUCAGCAAACAUCGUCCCGGCACGCAACAGGGCAGCAAGCCGUGGUCGUGCAUCGUCACAACCGCGACCUCCGGUGGCUGGUGGCCGUACCCCUCGCAGUUCUAUCCCGAAUUUGUUGCAACUUGCCGGUUUUUCGAACCAUGGCAAGAAGAUGUCCGAUGCCCAACCUCGUCGUAGCAGCUUGCAGUCUACUUUUCCUGCCGGAGCAGGCAAUCAAUCUCGAAGCUCUAUCAUCACUGCCAGCGUGGUUCGAAUUCCGAGCGAUGAGAUCAAUUACACUCGUAAGAUCGCUAAGGGAGCUUUUGGCGAGGUUUGGUUAGCAUUAUACGGUGAGAAUCUAGUUGCUGUCAAGAAAUUGAUCACAGUUGAAGGAACAAGCGUGCGGGAAUUUGUUACGGAGCUGAAUCUGCUAGCAUCGUUGUCGCACCGAUGCAUUCUUUCUCUGGUCGGUGCUUGCUGGGACGAUGAAUUAAGCGAUAUUCAGAUUGUCAUGGAGUAUAUGGAUUCUGGAGACCUGCUGUCGGUUCUGCGGACGAAUCCACCGUCAGUGCUGACUUGGGAGAAUGGCAAGGCUACAUACUGCUUACAAGUGUGCGAAGCGGUUUAUUACUUACACAGCUUUCAGCCUGCACUGAUUCAUCGUGAUAUCAAGUCACGUAAUAUUUUGGUGGAUUCAGAAAAGGGAGCAAAAUUGUCCGAUUUCGGAGAAAGUCGUGAACGUACCGUGGCGCGAACAAUGACGGCCGGUGUUGGCACGGCUCGCUGGGUGGCGCCUGAAAUUAUAUUAGGCGAGGACUACAGCGAACUUGCUGAUAUUUACUCGCUCGGUGUUUUGCUAACAGAGAUGGAUACACACCAAAUUCCGUACCAGACGUUGGGUCUUGAGGAAUCAAUGAUUGUCCAACAGGUUGCUGUAGGAAAGUUGAGACCGAAGGUAUCGGACACCUGUCCAGAGAUCAUCCGCCGAUUGACUCACGAGUGUCUCCAGUAUGACCCCGGUCUUCGACCAUCCGCGGCCCGCGUGCUUCAGACUCUCCUGGCCUCACCGCUGAUUCGUCAGCCAUCGAAUGAUCAAACAGACAACUAG